AACUCAAAACGACUGUCUCGGACGGUGCUGUUAUUGUUGGGUUUGAAGUGUCGGGGGGGUUGGUGGCGCUUUGUUUUUAUUUUGGGGGGCCGUGGGCUACUACCAGCAAGCCAAGGGCGCAAAACUACAAGCGGUCGCAUGCCUGUUUCAGUACAGUAAUAUUGUUUCUAUCCAGGUAGUGGUAAGCGAACAAGUUAGGUCCCAAAGUAGCUGAUGGAUGCGCGGGUAUCUGAAUUAUUUGGCUCAGGAAAUGGACACUGCUCUGGAUCUCAAGGUGUUGCCCUCAACGGGAAGCCGGGAAACGGGCAUGGGCUACCCCCUAAAAAAGCCAGUACAAAGAACAACAAAAAAGCAAAGGCUCGGUCCUCUCGCAGCUUCAAACCAAGCAAUAACACCCCGUAUCUACCUCCGGAGGCUGAAGAGGGAAAUAUAGAGUACAAGUUGAAGCUGGUGAACCCAACACAAUAUCGUUUUGAGCAUUUGGCAACACAAAUGAAGUGGCGUCUUCAGGAGGGUCGAGGUGAGGCUGUCUAUCAGAUUGGUGUUGAAGAUAAUGGCAUGCUGGUGGGAUUAUCAGAGGAAGAUAUGAGGGCAUCAUUAAAGACCCUCCAUCGACUGGCAGAGAAAGUUGGAGCUGACAUUACUGUCCUCAGACAAAGGGAGGUCGAUUAUGACUCUGAUGUGCCUCGUAACAUUGCUGAAGUUCUCAUUCGCAAGGUGCCAGAUGACCAGCAGUUCUUGGACCUGCGAGUAGCUGUGCUGGGUAAUGUGGACUCAGGAAAGUCCACUCUGUUAGGUGUUUUGACACAGGGUGAGCUGGACAAUGGACGGGGACGGGCAAGGCUCAACCUUUUCAGACAUCUCCAUGAGAUUCAGACCGGACGCACAUCAAGCAUUAGCUUUGAGAUCCUUGGCUUUAACAGUAAAGGAGAGGUUGUAAAUUACAGUGAAUCUCGGACAGCAGAGGAGAUUUGUGAGAGUGCCUCAAAAAUGAUCACAUUCAUUGAUCUGGCUGGUCACCACAAAUACCUGAAGACAACCAUCUUUGGCCUCACCAGCUACUGUCCUGAUUUUGCUAUGUUGGUCGUCAGUGCAAAUACAGGAAUUGCUGGUACAACACGUGAGCAUCUCGGGCUCGCCAUGGCCCUGAAAGUCCCUAUCUUCAUCGUCAUCAGUAAGGUGGACCUAUGUACGCGGGCUACCGUGGAGCGCACUGUACGGCAGCUGGAGCGCGUCUUGAAGCAGCCGGGCUGCAACAAGGUUCCCAUGGUUGUAGGCAGCACAGAUGACGCCGUCACAGCAGCACAGCAGUUUGCCCAGUCACCCAACAUCACACCGAUCUUCACCUUGUCCAGCGUCACUGGAGAGAGUCUGGAUUUACUCAAGGUCUUCUUCAACAUCAUCCCUCCGCUCAGCAACAGCAAAGAGCAAGAGGAGCUAAUGCAACAGCUGACUGAGUUUCAGGUGGAUGAGAUCUACACAGUGCCAGAGGUGGGAACUGUUGUGGGAGGAACUCUGUACAGUGGUAUUUGCCGUGAGGGGGAUCACCUUGUAGUAGGACCUACAGAUGCGGGCCAGUUCCACAAGUUGACUGUUGGGAGCAUCCAGAGGAACCGCUCGGCAUGCAGGGUACUCAGAGCAGGCCAGGCUGCUACACUCGCACUGGGCAACUUCGACCGCUCACUUUUGCGCAAGGGUAUGGUGAUGGUGAGUCCAGAAAUGAAUCCCACUAUCUGCUGGAUGUUUGAGGCGGAGAUUGUGCUGCUUUUCCAUGCCAAGACCUUCCACAAAGGCUUUCAGGUCACUGUGCAUAUUGGCAAUGUGAGGCAGACCGCUAUUGUGGAGGCAGUGUACGGCAAGGAGGAGCUGAGGACAGGAGAGAAGGCAGUAGUCUGCUUCAAGUUCAUCAAACACCCAGAAUACCUAAAAGUGGGAGCUAAGCUGCUCUUCAGAGAAGGUGUAACCAAAGGCAUAGGACAUGUCACAAAGCUGCAGCCCAUUGCUCAGUAUGUACCAUCCCAAAGUGAGGAUGAUGAGGCAUAGAGCUGGUCCCGGAGACCACAUCACAACAAAAAAAAAACCAACCCCGUCCCAUCCAAAAACAAGGUGCUUUAUGAACAUCUUUCUCCUCAUUAAGCUUUCUCCAAAGGUCCUCAUCCCUGGACAAUGUAGUUCUCUCACAAUUUUCUUUUGUUCUUUUUCAAAGCCUUCUUGUCACCAUCCUCCUUACUUGUACUCUUCAGCCUUUUUCAGAACUGCUAAUGUUUGCUUUCUGGUGUUGUGGUUUUAAAUGUGAGGCAAUUCAUGGCACUGAUAAAGAGACAACAUGCACUUAAGAACAUCAACCAAAGUGGAAUCGAGUGUUAUAAACACAUAGGUGCAACACACACAAGUUUACAACUAAAUACACUUUGCUGAGAUGCGCACACAGCCACGUGCACUGAUGUCACUCUUGAUACACCUUUAGCAGAUGGUUGUUUACAAACCAAGCAGCUGCAAGAAUGAAAUACGUGAACUUUAACCUGCAUCACAAAUGCCACUGUUGUCAUCACCGCACAGCAGUUUGUCUGUGUUACCAGCACCGUGCCUGUGAGAAAGAGCCUUUGACCUCAGUGUAUUUUAAUACAUAAAUUUUAUCCUUUUCUAUUGAAUUAGGUGAGGUCUGAGUAAAUUUGUUGUGGGUGGGCACAGUUUUUUUUUUUUUUUUGAAGCUAAAUCAUCUGGCUUCAGACUCAGAUGCUGACAAGGCACUUUAUGAGGGUAAAGGAGAACACUGAGGGGUGUGUAAAUGGACCCAGUCAGUCUGCUUAGAUAACUCACACUGGCAAAUUAGCUUGUAGCCGAUUUUAUUACGUCACGUUUGUCUGUGAGUGUUUUGUUUAUGGUUCACAAAUAAUGCCUCACGAUAGCGCAGUGAGACACUGUUUAUGAUCGUACUGCCUAUCUUUCAAGUGCUUUAGUUACUCAGGUCAGUUUAGAUUACAGUGUUUAGACAGCAUUCCACUCUUCUCACAACUACUCCAGUGGAGGUUUCUGUUGAUUUGGGGGAUGUGAGGAGAAAAAAAA